AUGGCUACUCAGAUCACUUUCACUCCAUUCGCUCCUGUCGAACAGGCCGUCGAGAGAUUUAGCAAGGCCGUCGAUGUCGCUGUUGCUGCGUGCGAGCGUGGCUUCCGUGGCAAGAUAGCUGUGUCAAUGUCCGACAUCACUGGCAUUGGUGGCGAUGCUCUUGGUUUGUUCAAGCGAACUAUCGACGAACGCGCUCUCACCCACUUCGCGCUCACCGCCGACCCAGAUGCAGACCUGGUCUGCAUCGAGCCAGGUGCGGUCCACGCAAGCAUGCCCAGCACCGAGGACGCUGCGAAGAAGACGAAGCGUCCAAAGAACCCCUUCGUGAUCUUCCGCCUCGACCAGCACGAGCUGAUCAAGAUCGAGUUCCCCGGGAUACAUAACAAUGACAUCUCCAAGAUCGCUGGCCAGCGGUGGCGCAAUGCCAGCCCAGAAGUCAAAGCCGAGUACGCGAAGAGAGCUGAGGAAGAGAAGCGCCAGCAUGCGAUCGACCAUCCGGGCUACAAGUACCAGCCACGCAAGCCAUCCGAGAAGAAGAAGCGCAUGACCAAGAACAAGCUGGCCAAGCUUGCUGCGCAGUCCAGCAGCACCGACGCUACCACGAAUGCGACCCCUCUCCCAGCCCAACAGAACGGGCAGACCACCGUCAGCACCGUCAUGCCGCCUCACCAGAACAACACUUCACAGCUCACCACCCACAAUGCCGACCCACUCGCCACCUUCAAUGCCGCCCAGGACGUGUCGUUCCUCGCUCCCACCACCAACGAGCAGUCUUUCACGGUAGAUUACCUCGCUGAGCAGCUUCGCCAAGACGAGUUGGCUGGGGAGGCUUCCCCUGAGGGGUUUGUGGAUGUCGGCACGUUUUUUGACUUGGAGGGGUUUGGGGUUGACUUGACUCCUGUGCUCGAGUACGUGAGAGAGGCUUGA